CAUGGACACGAUCCAGUCGGAGACGGAGCCGACGGGCGAGUACAAGGACGCGCAGUUCCUCGAGGACUACAUGAACAGCCAGGCGAUCGCCGAGGACGGCUACGCCGACCCGACGCGCAAGUUCAAGUGCCACAAGUGUCGGCUGGCGUUCACGCGGCAGAGCUACCUGACGAGCCACAACAAGACGCUGCUGCAUCGCAAGGGCGAGAAGAUGACGUACCCGAUGGAGAAGUACAUGGACCCGAAUCGGCCGUACAAGUGCGACGUCUGCAAGGAGUCGUUCACGCAGAAAAACAUCCUGCUCGUGCACUACAACUCAGUCUCGCACCUGCACAAGCUGCGGCGCAGCGCGCUCGAGAAGGAGUCGGCGUCGGCGACGAGCCCCGGCAGCCCCGAGGCGGCCGACAAGAAGCCCUACAAGUGCAACAUCUGCAAGGUGUCGUACAGCCAGGGCUCGACGCUCGACAUCCACAUGCGCUCGGUGCUGCACCAGACGCGCGCGUCCAAGCUGCAGGAGCUGGCGCUCACGGGCCAGGUCGACCUCAGCCAGCCGCUCAUCGAGACGCCCGACAAUCAGAAGUCGCUCUCACGCAAGCCGCAGCACCAGCAGCAGCAGCACAACCAGCAGCAGCAGCAGCAGCAGCAGCAGAAGGAGGAGCAGGAGCACAGGAAGAUACUCACCGAGAUGCUGACGUCGAAGCACAACACGGUGGCGGCGACGACGGCGCCAUUGUCCAUGACGAGCACCGCCGCCUCGGGCACCGAGUCGACGCAGUCGUCGCCGACCGGCGGGGUCGCGACCCCUGCGACCAGCGCCACCGUCGCGAGCUACCUGCCAUCGCUGAUCUCUGCGGCCGGCGGUGGCGGCGGCGGCGGCGGGGGCCUCGUCUCGUUCCCGAUGACGAGCCUUGCCAGCCAGAUAGCGCAGCCGCCCGUGCUGUUCCCCCACCAGCAGGUGUUCACCUGCAACCGCUGCAGCUCGAUGUUCGUCAGCCAGGAGUCGCUGCUGCAGCACCAGAAGCUGUUCUGCUACCUGCACCAGCAGCCGGGCCAGGCGUCGCCGACGGCCGCGCUCGCGCACACCGACGCCGGCAAGCAUCCGUCGUUCGUGCGGCGCACCAAGCAGUCGAUGCACAAGCAGCUGCUGGAGAGCUACGGCUUCGAGAUCGUCAUGCAGUUCAACGAGUAUCACCAGAAGCGCAGAAAGAGGCAGGAGUCGAAGGAGAAGGAAGAGGCUCCUCCCACCGCCGACAAAGAGGAAGCCGAGGCGAAGCCGGAGGAGGACAAGAAGGAGGAGGACGAACGCGAAGACGAACCCGGAGAGAAGAAGCCGAAACUGGAGCCGGAGACUAAGUUCUCGAGCGUGUGGGUGCUGAAGGCGCACCGCGAGGAGAUCCACGGCGAGAUCGUGCCGAUACGCGACGUGCAGGAGUACUCGGAGGUGUUCCGCUCCGAGUUCGAGAAGGUGCUGCAGCAGCACCAGGCCGAAAGCAUUGCCGCGGCGGCGACGGCUGCGACGGCGAUGGCGACGGCGAGCGAGGGCACGCCUCCGCCGGAGACGCCGCCGGCCGUCGCCGCGGCGACGCCGACGACGGAGCAGGUGCAGCAGGCGCUGCUCGCCGGCGUAGACGUCAGCCAGUUCUCGCCGCAGAUGUUCAACUUUGGCUUCAACUUCGCCGGCUUCCCGCUCAACAUGAACAUGUCGAUGCUCGCCGCGAUGAACCUGCACCCGCCGCUGAUGAUGCCGCCGCACAUGGACCAGCUGCAGCAGAGCAUGGCCGUGCAGAUGGGGCAGGACUACAUGGCGGCCGCCGCGGCAGCCGCGCAGCAGCAGCAGCAGCAGCAGCAGCAGCAGGGGGGUUCGUCGCUGCUGAGCGGCUCCGAGCAGAAGCGGGCGCGCACGCGCAUCAACGACGAGCAGCUGAAGGUGCUGCGCGCGCAUUUUGACAUCAACAACUCGCCGAGCGAGGAGCAGAUCAUCGGCAUGAGCGAGAAGACGGCGCUGCCGCCGAAGGUCAUCAAGCACUGGUUUCGCAACACGCUCUUCAAGGAGCGGCAGCGCAACAAGGACUCGCCGUACAACUUCAACAAUCCGCCGUCGACGACGCUCAACCUCGAGGAGUACGAGCGCACGGGCGACAUCAACGUCGCCCUCAGCGAGUCAUCGAAGGUCGUCGCCGCCGUCGACAACGACGUCGAGCGCAGGCGCAGCGGCGACGCGCCGACGGAGGCCGGCGGCGACGCACCGACGGAGGCCGGCGGCGACAGCAAGGCAGCUGCGCCCGUCGCGCACGCAGAGACGCCGACCAGCGCGGCCGUUUCCACGGCGACGACCUCAGCCGCGCUGACCCCGUCGCUCGUUGUCGGCAGCCCCGCGGCGUCGAACCCGCUGCCGAAUUGCGCGGCGGCUACGGCGGCGGUGGCGGUGGCGGUCGCGCAGCCGCACGCCGGCACCCCUACCUCGUCGCGGCUCACGCCGCAAACGUCGACCCCGCACUCCGCCGCGCCGGCGAUGUUUAGCAUGCCGGCGAGCAUGUCGCCGCCGGUGUCCUCUAGUCCGGUCGCCGCGACAACGAUGCCGCCGCCGGCGCCCGGCGCCAACCACCGGUCGCCGGAGUCGAUGCGGCGCGCGAACCGCACGCGCUUCUCCGACUACCAGAUCAAGAUGCUGCACGAGUACUUUGAGCAGAACGCCUACCCUAAGGAUGACGACCUCGACCACCUGUCGAAGCUGCUCAACCUCAGCCCGCGCGUCAUCGUCGUCUGGUUCCAGAACGCGCGGCAGAAGGCGCGCAAGACGUACGAGAACCAGCCGGCGCCCGACGACGACGACGCGCGCUACAAGCGCACGCCGGGCCUCAACUACCAGUGCAAGAAGUGCAUGCUCGUCUUCCAGCGCUACUACGAGCUCAUCAAGCACCAGAAGACGGCCUGCUACCGCGACGACAUGAGCGGCGGCGGCGGCGGGGGAGUGGACACGUCGUACGCGCUGUCGACGUACAGCGAGAGCAGCCAGGGCAGCAACGGCAGCGUGGAUCGCAGCAUCGAGAGCGUCGUCAACAGCCCCGAGGCGACCGGCGCCGGCGCCACGGCCACCGCCGUCGUCGUCAAGCACGAGGACGACGGCAACUUCCGCUGCGAGAAGUGCCAGCAGACGUUCCGGCGCUUCGAGCAGUGGCGCGAACACCAGAACGUUCACCUGAUGAACCCGUCGCUGUUUGCGCAGUUCGCGCUCGACACGCCGUUCGGCCAGCUGCAGAACUACAGCCUGAUGAGGCCGCAGACGAAGCGGCGCGCCGAGGACGUGUACCACAACGACGAGGACGCCGGCGACGACGGGCAGUCGCGCGACAAGCGGCUGCGCACGACCAUCCUGCCCGAGCAGCUCGACUACCUCUACCAGCAGUACCAGGUCGACUCGAACCCGAGCCGCAAGCAGCUGGAGAGCAUCGCGCACGAGGUACGCCUCAAGAAGCGCGUCGUGCAGGUGUGGUUCCAGAACACGCGCGCGCGCGAACGCAAGGGCCAGUUCCGCUCGCACCACCAGGCGAUCCACAAGCGCUGCCCGUUCUGCCGCGCGCUCUUCAAGGCGCGCACCGCGCUCGAGUCGCACCUCGCGACGAAGCACGCCGACCAGGUCUCGCGCUGCGAGAUCAACAUCGACGCGAUCCCCAACGCGGAGCCCGAGGCGCCCGAUCGCCCGAGCUUCGGCGACUUUGCCGACAUCUCGCGCGCGUUCGCCGCCAGCGACGGCGUCGGCGGGGGCGUGCCGGCGGCGAUGUUCCCGGUGACGGCGGCCGCUCCCGAGCCGCUGCAGGACUCGAUGAAGCGCUUCUACGAGGACUCGCUGAAACGCUACCUCGACGAGCUCAGCUCGCCGUCGCACAAGAAGGACCAAGAGCUCGCGCUGAAGAUCACCGCGCCAAAGUCGGAAGGAGGGGGCGCCACCACUGGCGGCGAGACGCCGCUCGACCUCAGCAAGCCGAUCCGCGUCGCGACGGAAGGCGGUGACAAGACGUCGGAGGUUGGCGCGCUGCUCACCGACACGAGCGAGACGAGCGCGAACGACUCCGGCUUCCGUCACCACGGCGACGACCACUCGGAGACGUUGUCGGAGACGGUGAGCAUCGGGGAGGACAGCGUGUAUGGCGACGCUAACCCGAACUCGCCGAACAGCAGCACGGGCAGUCGGCAGGCGCAGUUGAAGCGCUACCGCACGCAGAUGUCGAGCCUGCAGAUCAAGGUGAUGAAGUGUCUGUUCGCCGACUACAAGACGCCGACGAUGACCGAGUGCGAGAUGCUCGGCAAGGAGAUCGGGCUGCCGCGGCGCGUCGUGCAGGUGUGGUUCCAGAACGCGCGCGCCAAGGAGAAGAAGAACAAGCUGGCGUUCGCAAAGCAGUUUGGCCAGGACCUCGACCUCAACCACCGGCCACCGGACGAAUGCAAGCUGUGCAGCUUCAAGUACUCGCACAAGUACACGAUCCAGGACCACAUCUUCACGCGCAAGCACAUCGACAACGUCGUCAAGUGCGUGCACGGGCAGGACAGCGACGCCGGCGGCGGCGGCGGC